AUGGCUACCAAGCGACAGAUGCCAAUGGAGUCAUCAAGAGAUGCACCCAGGCUUGAAACCUCGGACCCCCGGGCGAUUCGAAAACACUUCCGGAUCAUGGAAGGAAUGUUUAAGAUUCAUGCUGGGGUGGACACGGACAAGGAGAAGAAAGACUGGGCUGUGCGUUAUACCAGUACAGACAUCGAAGAUCAGUGGAGAGCAUUCCCUACCUUCGAGGCAGGGAAGACCUGGGAAGACUUCAAGGAGGAAGUCCUGCGCAGUUAUGAUGGUGCAGCAGAAGAUGAUGAAGAUGCAUGA